UGACCAGCCAAGAGGAGAGUUUGUAUACAGAGCUCUGAAGAGAUAUUAUGAUACCCCAGUAAUGUCAGCUACUGUAUUUCCUCCAAAUCUUAAACCUCAUAAGUUCUACAAGUUAGAUGAACACUACAGAAGAGAUCAUGCUAAAUAUGGUGAAACCAUGACAACCUUUGGUGACUUUGGCAACGUGUACAUGAUGGAUGAUUUAACAGUUAUUAAAAAGGUAAAAUUCCAGAACUAUGAUUUUGACAUUGACAAUACAGUAUAUAAGAAAUUGUUCAACAGACAACAUAAACACAUUGUAGAUCAUAUGUGGGCAGCUGUCUACAAUGAUAUAGAGGAAAUUCAUAUCUGUACCACAUUCUUUAGAGGAGGCACAUUAGAAGAUUUACUGCAGAGUAGAAUGUUAUUAAACCCUGUAAUUGUACCUUCUACAAAUACUAGAUGCUGUAAUUUAUCUACAUGA